AUAGAGAAGUGACGUAAUUCCUUGUUAUGGUAAUUGCCCACGACGAAGUUAAGUGUGUACAGUUUGAUAGCAGAUUGUGUGUGAUCGGUUAACUGAGUAUAAUUUCCAUCUAUUUGUAGUAUCUAUAGUCUUUCUAGGCGCAAAUUGCUGAAAGAUGGGUUGUGCAGCAUCCUCCACUUUGGCACAAGUGGAAACAAACGGGUACACUCAACAACAACAAAAUAAACAAGUAGUUGUUAUAAAUCAGGGACAUGCCCAACAGCCUGUUCAGCAAGCUCCUCCUAAUUAUCCACCUCCACAACUUCAGCAUCCCAGAAAUGCACCAGCGCCACCGCCUCAACCGACCCCUCUACCUGCUGCUCCACGGCUGGUAAAUACUCAAAAAGAAGAAGAGCCGGCUGAAGUUGUGUUCAAUGAGGAUCUUGUGAAGCAGCUGGUUGAUUUAGACAGAGAGGUCAACCAAUUAGAAUCUCGCAAUGUCACUAAGCGAUAUCAACUUCAAAAUAAUCAAAUUCUACAAUUAAAUAAUAGAGUCCAGAAGAUGACAGUUGAACUACAACAACUGGAGGUUCAAACAAGGAAGGAAUAUCAAGAUGUUGCAGCACUUCAGAACAACCCAAGUGUCAAACAGAUGAUGACUCAGAUGCAGUACGUACAGCAGAUGGCGAAAGAACAGGAGGAGUACAUGGCGGCAUUAAACAGGCAAGAGAUCCACAAGAAAGAGCUGGAUGCCACAAAUGCACAGCUUGUCAGCAUGAAAAACGACCUAGGGCAAUUGAAUGCCGAUAUGGCUAAAUUGAAGGACUUAUACGACAAACAGGAUACACUGUUGUCAACCAUCUUUGAUGGUAAAUACGGCAGCGAAACUGAAUACAGGUUAGAGACGGAGCUUGAUCUAAGCUUGGAAAAGAAACAACGGGUGAUGGUUGCUAAAUAUAAAUGGAGCAACGGAAAGACUUUAAUGCAGCACGCAUCUGGCCAGUUAGGCUUUGCUGUAAGACGAUGGCAAGAUGUUGCUAGGAUACCGCCCUCGAACGGUCAAUUAAUCUAUCAGUUUGCGGCCGAAACACGGAACAAUCUCGUUGCAGCCUCUCAGAACAUAAUGAGUGCCCAACGCUACCUCAAUAACAUAAAGUUCCCAUACUGUACCCCAGAAGAAAUAACAACGCUUAACACAGCCAUCUCCAACAUUUUCACUGACAUGAGGACAACAGAAAGACAUCAACAUGCCCUCCAGUGCUACUCUGUCGUCUGGCGUAGGUCAUCAGCUCUCGUGCAGUGGUUUGAUCAUGUUAUAACGAAGACAAUCCUACGAGACUUAGAUGCAGCAACAAAGGAAUGCGCCGCUAAACAGCGCGAACUGAAGAUGGAGAGGUUGAAACUGACAAAAGAAAAAGUACGAGAAAAGAUGGGAGAUGAAGUAGCUGACACAAUUGAAAUACAGCAAGAUGUUGGAGAAGAUAAGGAUGAGGAACCAGAAUUAUUAAUGCUGAUGGUAGAUGCUGACAAAGUUUCACUUGAUGGCAACCAGGAGGUAAAUCUAUUUGCAGCUUUCUUUGCUUUCAAAGUGAUAGGUUUUGCUGAUGAUAAUUGGCUUGAAAAGCUAGAAAUGAGGUGGUAA